AUGUCAUCAGAUGCGUUAAAAGCACUACUUCAGUGGGGUGCGUCAUUUGGUGUAAUAGUGCCAGAGGAACUCAAGUUUUUAUAUACCGAUCUUAAGGGCAUUAUUUGCGUAUGUGAAAAAGAUAUAGACAAUCCCAGCAUCAAGAUUCCUCCCGAGAUUGUCAUUUCAAGGAAUCUGCCCAUGAAGUUUUUUGGGCUAAGUGAAUCCACUAAGAAUAUCAACGGAUGGCUGAAGUUGUUCUUCGCAAAAAUAAAAUUUGAUAGGGAUAAUGAUACUAUCGUGGACAAUGUUCGUGUGAAUGAUAAAUUUAAACCUUACUUGGAUGCAUUGCCUUCCCGCCUAAAUUCGCCCUUGGUCUGGAACCCAAGCGAGUUGAAGCGUUUAUCAUCUACAAACAUAGGGAAUUCGAUUCAUGAAAAGUUCGAAGGUAUAUUUAAAGAGUGGUUUGAACUGGUCAGUUCUUCAGAUAUGUUUGACUUGGAAAGAGUGGCAGAUGAUGUGCAGACCUUCCAUAAUCUCGAUGAGUUGACAUAUGAGGCUUUGUAUGAGAAGAUUUUGAAGAUAACAGAACUUCAAAGACCAACUAUCUGGUAUUCUUUUCCUGCAUUUUUAUGGUCGCACCUUAUAUUCAUUUCAAGAGCAUUCCCUGAAUAUGUGCUAAACAGAAACUGUCCUGACAACUCUAUUGUACUGCUUCCCAUCGUCGAUCUUCUAAAUCAUGACUACCGUUCCAAAGUCAAAUGGUAUCCUGAAAAUGGGUGGUUCUGUUAUGAAAAAAUCGGUACCGCCUCCCAAUCACGAGAACUAUCAAAUAAUUAUGGCGGUAAGGGAAAUGAGGAGUUACUCUCUGGAUAUGGAUUUGUUUUAGAAGACAACAUAUUUGACUCAGUGGCUUUGAAAGUUAAAUUGCCAUUAGAUGUGGUAUCUACAAUUCUUGAAACAGAACCUAGUUUGAAGCUGCCCUUACUUUCGGAUUACACCACUUAUGCUUUUGAAAACAAAGACUGUGUCCAGCAAGAAAAGAAGGCUACUCGUAGUGCUACAGACUACAUCAAUGGGGUGACUUACUUCAUUAACAUACAAAAUGAACAAUGUUUAGAACCAUUACUGGAUCUUUUUACCUACCUUUCUAAGGCCGAAGAGGAGGAUCUACACGAUUUGAGAGCCCGUUUGCAGGGUAUACAAAUGCUACGAAAUGCAUUGCAGAGCAAACUCAACAGCAUUACUGGACCACCUGCAACUGAUGACUCUUAUGCAAUUGAUCCUUACAGAGUCUAUUGUGCUGACGUUUAUACUAAAGGUCAAAAACAAAUUUUAAAAGAGGCUUUAACGAGGUUGAAAAAACUAGAAAAAACAAUGCUGUCAGAGAACAAGCACCAAUUGCUAACCAUGAGCAAAAUUCUUAAGAAUGACCCUGCUUUUGCAGAAACUGAAUUACCUUCGCUGUUCAGCAACGAAGAUGGUGAAGAGGUCAUCUUUGAAUCUACUUAUGAUUUAUUGAUACUUUGGAUUCUACUGAAAACGAAAAAGAAUUCUUACCCCACCAAAUAUGAAUGGGUUGGACAGCAGUAUACUAAUUUCAAGCAAACUGCAUAUAUUUCAGAUGAUGCCAAGGCUUUCCAUACUGCAUACUUCGAGAAGCAAGACGAUGUGGAUUUGGCCGAAGUAGAUCAUGCGAUUCAGUUUGUAGUAGACAAUUCCUUUACCAGAACUUCAUCUACAACCGAAGAGACUAUUUUAGUACGUAAGUAG